AUGUUGCUCUCUGGGUGGAUGCAUCCGGGACCCAGGAAUAGGGAGUCCAAGUUAGAUGCCUGGAGAAUUGACAGCUUUGGGGAACUUGUGCAAAACUCUCAAACAGCAGGAAUGGGUCUGCAAACUCUGAACCAAACUGCCUAUAGCAGCAGCAUCAUUCUUCUAGAAGCGCGUCCCCGCCCCUCCGAGCAGAGUCCCGGCGGGAGCCUCGGACCGGACCGCAAGGCCCUGUUGCCGGAGCAGCCGCCCGCCUACCACCUGGAGGCCCGCCCGGGGGACUUCGCCCGCACAGCCACAGCCGUCGCCGCCGCGCCCCCGCCGCCGCCCUACACCCACCCGGUCACAAGGAUACCUACCCGCCGUCCCAGGGUCUACGUUUCUAUCCACCGUCGAAAUGUCACCAGGUACCCUGCCCAUUCCAUUGUCGUUGGAGGCCGCCCCAGUCUGCAGAGUAGGGUUUGGGAGGACUUCUUCACCUUCCUGGGCAUCUUCCUGGGCAUCAUUUUGUUCCCAUUUGGGUUCAUCUGCUGUUCUGCCUCCAGGAAGCAAAGAUCCCCCAAAGGCGGAGCAAACCUUACUUUAAAGGGAACGAUACACCUGACUUUCCUACAUCCUGACAUCUUUUCUUAA